AUGAAUCCUACCAACGGAGAAGAGGUCGUCAAGAAGAGAACCGAUUACAUCUCGUGGGAAGAAUAUUUCAUGGCCGUUGCCUUUCUAUCAUCGCAACGUAGCAAGGAUCCUAAUACGCAAGUUGGAGCAUGUAUCGUGAAUCAAGAGAAUAAAAUUGUAGGAAUAGGUUAUAAUGGUAUGCCUAAUGGUUGUAACGAUGACGCACUACCUUGGGCUAGGGAAGCUUCCAAUGCUUUGGAUACCAAAUAUCCGUACGUUUGUCAUGCGGAAAUGAAUGCCAUCUUGAACAAGAAUUCAUUCGAUUUGAAAGGGUGUAUCAUCUAUGUUGCUUUAUUUCCAUGCAAUGAAUGUGCCAAGUUAAUCAUACAAUCAGGCAUUAAAGAAGUGGUCUUUGUAUCCGAUAAAUAUCAUGAUACCGCUGCAUCCACAGCAUCCAGAAGACUACUCGAUCUAGCUGGUGUAAAGUAUAGGUAA